AGUUAUAAGAGUAUCUACAAAGCCAGAGAGUCAACCUUAUUCGAAACAUCUCUCACUUGCCGCCGCACAAUACGCAUACGCGGCACUCCGCCUGGCGAUCAACUAGGACAACUGCUAGAACAAGCGGUGAAUCUUGUUCCAAAGAAAUUUCUUGACAUUCCAGGGGUCACGGCAGUACGGGUCUUAGAGCUUGGAGGGGAGUACUCUUGCGCCAACGACUAUCAAAUUCAAUCUGGUGAAGCAGGUGUGAUGUUCGUCUUCACAAACAUUCCUUGCGAAGAGCUCUGCCAAAGCGAACAACUUCUGACUGAUGCUCAGCCGAUCACUCAGAUUUUCACACUCAGCCUCGGCUAUGUCGUCAAAUACAUGUUUCUCAGUGAUGACGCCUCAGAAAAAGGUACGUCUAACAUGAAGAACACGAACAGCUAA